AAAGCAAGAAAAGAAGAAGAAGAGCAGCCUUAUAAAAAAACUUGAAAAAAACAAAAAAAAAAACAAAAAAUCUUUUCUUUCUCUUUGUUGGUUUGAAGGCAAGAAAAGAAUCAAUUGCUGUUUGAAGGGAAGUUCCUUAGUAGCUUCUUGUUUGGUUCUUUUCUAGAUGCUAUAAAAUCACCUUCUAAAAAUUUCUUUGCUUGAAACUUGCUGAUUGCGUGCUUCUUUUGAGAAUUUUCUUUUAGAACCAUUUUUUGUUUUGUGAUAUCAUAAUAGUUGGUUUUCAAAAAUGGGGUAUUUGUCUGAUUUAAUGGGAAGUGGUGGCUAUAAACACAAGAAGAAGAAACAAUUACAGACUGUAGAGCUUAAGGUCAGAAUGGACUGUGAUGGCUGUGAGCUUAAGGUUAAGAAUGCCCUUUCUUCAUUAAGUGGAGUUAAAAAAGUGGAGAUAAACAGAAAACAGCAGAAGGUGACAGUAACAGGUUAUGUUGAUUCAAACAAAGUAUUGAAGAAGGCCAAGUCAACAGGAAAGAAGGCUGAGAUUUGGCCUUAUGUACCUUACAAUUUAGUGGCUCAGCCUUACAUUGCUCAAGCUUAUGACAAGAAAGCACCUCCUGGUUAUGUCAGGAAGGUAGAAAGCUCUGUAGCUAGUGGCACUAUUACCAGAUAUGAAGACCCUUAUACCUCCAUGUUUAGUGAUGACAACCCAAAUGCUUGUUCUAUAAUGUAAUAUACCCAAGGAGACAAUAGUACCCCUUUUGUAUCCCAUCUACCUGCUUACCCUUCUUUGUACUCUACCAGGGCACUACUGUAAAAUUCCUAUUUAGGUUUUUUGUUUACAUUUUCUUUUGUAAUUUUCUUAUCAUAUAUAUAUGAGGUGAUGAGGUGUGAGUUGUGACUGCAACUUUUGAGUAGAAAACGGUGAAUAAGUUCAUUGAUA